UCUCUUUCAAGCUGAAUCCUCUCACUUGGCAUCACUGUCAGUAUCACUAUUGUUGUGGAACCUGCUAAUAAUGAUAUUCGUAUUGGGGCUCCUGCUCUCGGUUGUUGUGUCAACAGCUUCUUCUCUUUCCUGCAUAACUUGCUCUCAGAACAAUGCCACGUCUUGCCAAGGAUCUAGCAUGCUAUGUCCCAUUGAAACAAUUUGUGGCUCAUUAUCGUUAUCCAUGACUAAAGAUGGACAAACUCAAAGGAAUAUUGCUAGAGGAUGUUUCCAGGAGAAGCAGUGUAAUCAAACUAUGAUAUUCCGAAUUACUAAUGCUACAGGCAAGAACAUCAUCUCCUGUUGUUCCUCAGACGAUUGCACUCCACCUGUUCUCCAAUUACCAGAUGAUAACAACCUGCCCAAUGGCAUGACUUGCCCAACUUGUUUCUCCGAUCAAUCUAACGAUUGUAUUGUCAGUGGGACAAUAAACUGUGCCGGGACGGAGACCCAGUGCGCCUCUGUUAAACUGUCAGGACCCUUAACAGGAACAGUCUCAUUCCAAGGUUGCGCAAACGUCAAUCUCUGUACAUACGCCAAUCACACUGUGAAUGCCUCAACCAGCUCCAAUUUCUGCUCCAAUGCUACUAACAUGAACACCACCACUGGAAUCACAGAAAGCAAUUCUACAACCACCAUUGGAAAUAAUAUAAAUACAACUGGGUCUUCUAAUACCAAUAACACAUUUGGCUAUUCAACUUACAUUCCUUUUACUAUUACUAGUGAUAUUAAGGAAGAUGCUGGAAAUGGCUGCGGUGGACUUCAGGGGGACUUUUUAUUGGCAGCCGCUCUUUUUUUUGUAUUGAUGAACCUAUUAUCUUAAAGGGAUACUCUCGGGAAAAUUUUUUUUUUCAAAAUGAAUCAGU